AUUGACCAAAGUCCCCUGUCUAUGACGCCUUCUAAUUGAGCAGAGAAAGUGAAAGUGAAAGAGAAAUGAAGUCAGCUGUUUCGACAAUUCUGGCCCCUAAGAUUCGUCUCAAUUUCAAUCACUCUCCUCUCUCCAGCUCCUCCUCCGGUUUCUACUCUAAACCCAUUUCUCACCCUCACCGGCCCUCUUCCCUCCGCACUUAUUCAUCACCAACCUCAUCUCCAAUCAUGGCUGCUUCUUUCAAGCCUGAGCAAGCCAGGAACCCACCUGCUCUUCCCGUGCCCACUCCUCCACUUACCAAGUUUAAGAUUGGGUUAUGCCAGUUAUCUGUGACGGCUGAUAAAGAGAGGAACAUUGCACAUGCUCGAACUGCCAUCCAAGAGGCUGCUAAGAAGGGUGCCAAUCUCGUUGUUUUGCCAGAAAUUUGGAACAGUCCAUAUUCCAAUGAUUCCUUCCCAGUUUAUGCAGAGGACAUUGAUGCAGGUGGUAAUGCGUCACCAUCUACAGCUAUGCUUUCAGAAAUUUCUCGCCUUUUGAACAUCACCAUUGUUGGUGGUUCUAUCCCUGAACGAUCUGGGGAUCGGUUGUACAACACUUGUUGUGUAUUUGGUUCUGACGGAAAACUGAAAGCUAAGCAUCGGAAGAUACACCUUUUUGACAUUGACAUUCCUGGGAAAAUUACCUUUAUGGAAUCAAAAACUCUUACAGCUGGGGAGACUCCAACCAUUGUUGACACAGAUGUUGGGUGUAUUGGCAUAGGUAUUUGUUAUGACAUUCGGUUUCCGGAACUGGCAAUGAUAUAUGCAGCAAGAGGUGCUCACUUGCUGUGCUACCCUGGGGCAUUCAACAUGACAACUGGACCACUGCAUUGGGAGUUAUUACAGAGGGCAAGGGCUACAGAUAAUCAGUUAUAUGUGGCGACUUGUUCUCCUGCCCGAGAUGAUAAAGGAAGUUAUGUAGCCUGGGGCCACUCCACACUUGUAGGACCGUUUGGAGAAGUCCUAGCUACCACUGAACAUACCGAGGAUAUCAUUAUAGCAGAGAUUGAUUAUUCAAUAAUGGAUCUCAGAAGGGAAAACCUUCCAUUGUCAAAGCAGCGGCGAGGAGAUCUUUACCAAUUGGUAGACAUCGAAAGGCUUAACCCUCAGUGAUUUGAGCCAGGAAUGUCGGUAUGAUGCAUAGAAGAAGUUUUAUCGUAGUACAAGGGAGGCAGUAUGGUGAAAAUGAUGAGACUUUAAUAACCUCUGAAUCUAUUGUAAGAAUCUUAGAAUGGUAAUGCGAAGUUGAACAUUUAAAUAAUUAUCAAAAAUAAAUUUUGGUUGGAGUA